AUCGCACAAUGCGGUUUCCAGAUUACUUCUUCUUUGCUGAAAAACGUUUGGUAAGCCAUGAAAUCGAAACCAAAUACGUCAAAGACUUGGAUCACUGUGAGCUUUUCUGCUACAUGAACGACAACUGCGUCAGUGCUAACUUAAAAAAAAAACCCGAGGGCGAAGGAAUCGCUUAUGUCUGUGAACUGAAUAACGCCACUCAUCUUGAAUAUGAUACUCACCUGAUAACUGAUGCCGAUUUCUAUUAUCGUGGCUCAAAGAACGCCUGUGGUAAAAACCUACCGUGUCAAAACAAUGCAACUUGUCAGUCCGGUUUCUCAAUCAAGGGAUAUCGAAAAAGGUUAAUUACAGAAUAUGCCCAUAAGAACAAAGAGUAUUUGAACCACCUAUAUUUAUAUAUCACGUUUGGCCGUCGAGUGCGUAUCUUAAAGGAAGGCUACCAAGGCUGA